GCGGCCGGAGCGGGCCAGGCCCGGCCGGCGGGCCGGGGGAUGGCGCUGCUGGACCUGGCCCUGGAGGGAAUGGCCGUCUUCGGAUUCGUCCUGUUCUUGGUGCUGUGGCUGAUGCAUUUCAUGGCCAUCAUCUACACCCGAUUACACCUCAACAAGAAGGCAACAGACAAGCAGCCAUACAGCAAGCUCCCGGGUGUGUCUCUUCUGAAACCACUGAAAGGGGUCGAUCCCAACCUAAUCAACAACCUGGAAACGUUCUUCGAAUUGGAUUACCCCAAGUAUGAAGUGCUCCUUUGUGUUCAAGAUCAUGAUGAUCCAGCCAUUGAUGUUUGCAAGAAGCUGCUUGGAAAAUAUCCAAAUGUUGAUGCUAGAUUGUUUAUAGGUGGCAAAAAGGUUGGCAUUAAUCCUAAAAUUAAUAAUUUAAUGCCAGGAUAUGAAGUUGCGAAGUAUGAUCUUAUAUGGAUUUGUGAUAGUGGAAUAAGAGUAAUUCCAGACACACUUACCGACAUGGUUAAUCAAAUGACAGAAAAAGUGGGUUUGGUCCACGGGCUGCCUUACGUAGCAGACAGACAGGGCUUUGCUGCCACCUUAGAACAGGUAUACUUUGGAACAUCACAUCCAAGAUCUUAUAUCUCUGCCAAUGUCACUGGCUUCAAAUGUGUGACAGGAAUGUCGUGUUUAAUGAGAAAAGAUGUGUUAGAUCAAGCAGGAGGGCUUAUAGCUUUUGCUCAGUACAUUGCCGAAGAUUACUUUAUGGCCAAAGCAAUAGCUGACCGAGGUUGGAGGUUUGCAAUGUCCACUCAAGUUGCAAUGCAAAACUCUGGCUCAUAUUCAAUUUCUCAGUUCCAAUCCAGAAUGAUCAGGUGGACCAAAUUGCGAAUCAACAUGCUUCCUGCUACAAUCAUUUGUGAGCCAAUUUCAGAAUGCUUUGUGGCCAGUUUAAUUAUCGGAUGGGCAGCCCACCAUGUAUUCAGAUGGGAUAUUAUGGUGUUUUUCAUGUGUCAUUGCCUGGCAUGGUUUAUAUUUGACUACAUUCAACUCAGGGGUGUCCAGGGUGGCACACUGUGUUUUUCAAAACUUGAUUAUGCAGUCGCUUGGUUCAUCCGUGAAUCCAUGACGAUAUACAUUUUUUUGUCGGCAUUAUGGGACCCUACGAUAAGCUGGAGAACUGGUCGCUAUAGGUUACGCUGUGGAGGCACAGCAGAAGAAAUCCUAGACGUAUAACGACAGCUCUGUGACUGUGUAUAAAGGAAAAAGGAGAAGUAUUAUAAAUUAUGUUUAUAUAAAUGCUUUUAAAAAUCUACCUUCAGUAGUUUUAUCACAUGUAUGUUUUGGUAUCUGUUCUUUAAUUUAUUUUGCAUGGCACUUGCAUCUGUGAAAAAAAAAAAAAAAAAAAAAACACAUCUGUAGUCUUGGCCAAAUGGUACACACUUUAUUUUAAGGAAGUAGAAAAUCAAGAGAAUUGGUUCUAGGAACCUGGGUUUGUAUUUUUUGUUGUUUGUUUAUUUUUUUAAAUGAAUACGUAUACAUAUAUAUACGAAUGUUCUGCAGCAAACACUAUGACAGUAUCUUUCAGUAGAGAAAGUUUCUUAUUUGGGAGUAGGACACUCUUAGAACAUUUAUGAGUGGGAUGGCAACAGCUUUGGGUGUUUAGAAUACAGACUGGAAGGUAGUGACUUCUCACGUCUCAAGCGAAUGGCCUUAUGCAGUGGACAAGCCACGGAAGGUACUAACGGAGAAACUUUUUCAUGCUUUAUGCCUACCUCUGUUGUUGCAGAGCAAAUGUAAAGUUGUAAUAAGGUAGCUAGGCUUGCAAAAACAAACAGAAAACCUUUUAAAAAAAUAAUAAUAAUAAUAAAAGAGCUGGAGUCUAGUAUUUAUAUGAAUCUGUGAGAGAUAUUUUUUUGGUCUCACUGCAAUGAACCAAAAGUAGCUGAGUUUGGUUUUUAAUUAUAGCCAUGAAUUGAAGGCAUCUUUUUGACCAACUCCUGUUGGUUCUGUCUUGAACCAUUGUUAAUCACUGUGCUGUAAUUAGAAUAGCUAAAUCUUUCCUUCCCUGCUCCUCCCCCAGCUCACCCCAACUUUCCUCAAGUUUUUUUUCGGGGGGGCCUGGGGGUGGUUUUGUUUUAGUGUGAGUGGAUGUUUUGAUAGUCGUAGGAAAAAUGCAUUUCAGACACAUUUCACACAUGAGCUAUUUUCUUACACAGUUUGUCUUAUUGUUAAUAAGAAUGUACUUUCAUGAUACAGGUAUUUAAUAUCUUUUCUAAGUAAGUAAAUAUCCUAGCCAUCCAAAACUUGCAGUGGAGUCCAUUGAGAGGGGACAGGAUGAGUUUUACUCUUAAUCAGUAUCGAACUAAGUCUACUGUGUGUGUUUUUUUUUUUUUUUUUUGACUGUUAUAGUUUGUCUAGUCUUAUUUAAAUUGGAUUUUUGUAUUCCAGUUUCUAUGACACAAUAGACUAGGUCCAAGCUAGCUGUACAUGCAUGCUGUGCUUCUCGUAGCCUCCCCCUCAUGUCGCUGAACUUGCUUGUCAGGUUGUGCUUAACUUGUGGUGAACUGGACUUGUUUUGUUUCUUUAAAAAAAAAAAAAAAAACACACAAACAUGUAAGGAAAAGUGCAUAAGGCUUUCAUUUAGUUUUUCCAUAGUGGUCUUUCGCUCUCGCUCUGGGCUUGCAUGGCGCACAGUCCCAGUGAGCGCCCCCGGCCAGGCUCCCCCUGGCACCAUGGCGGCUUUCAACAAAGCUCAGCGGCUUCGCUUCCCAUGGCCAAGCAAUCCCGUGUAGCAUAUCAGCAAUAACUACAUAUUUCUAGAAAACUUUUUCACUUCACUGAGCCAAUCCGUUUAAUUGUCUAACGACUAGCCCCCGUGGUUUAAAUUGCAAUAUCUCUGUAAUAUGGACAUACCAGGUCUACACAUUAUACUCAACGCUUUUCUCUGGGCCAAACUGCUUCAGGUUUUGUUUCAUUUUGUUUUUUCUUUUUUGCCUUAUGAUGAAUUUGUUCGAAGGGCAUUUUCUUCAUGAACAGAGGCUUGGAUGCAUGUUCUUUCUCUCUGUGAAAUGGGCGGGAUUGUUCCCGGAGGAACGUUGCACGGUGAAAACCAGUCUAGUUGUGACCCACUACGUGUUUAUUUUUGUUUCUCACUAUGACGUGAGUCGCGUUUUGCUGCCCAUGUUUGCAAUUGGUUGGUUUAAUGAAGUUUGGUUGAUGCCAUUCCUUGCACUGCCGAUGUGAAACCUUGCUUGUUACUUAGUUUUCUUGCUAACCCCAGUAUGGGCAAUGUGACAAAACCAAAAUGGCUGGACAGACUUCUUGUGUCUUGUAAAUAUUAAAAAACAAAUGUUUUGUGUGUUUUAUGUGGUCAUGGAGUAUUUCCUUACAAUGAAGCUUCACAUAUGCAGACAGAGUGAUUCUUUGUUUAGCAAGUUUGAAGUGGUGAUAAAAUGCUAAGGAACAAUACACAUGCUGAAGAAAGUACCACAACAGAACUGUAGGAGUCCAAAUUUAAUAAACUGUCUUGAAAAAAAAAAAAAAAAAACUCUUAGAAUAUACCAUGUUUUAUUAUUUAAAAUCAUUGUCCUAAGUUUUUUGUUGAAAAAAUAAAAAUUUGAAUACAAUC